AUGAGUGCCAGAAGGCGUGCCUCGCUUGGCUUUGACGAAUCGCGUCAAGGCCAACAAGAACAGCCUGCAACACGGAAUUGUGAUCCUCCUGAGCGAGAUGUCAGGAUCACCUUCACCAAGGUGCGCCAUAAAGGCCAGUCGGCAAUUGGCUGGGUAGGGUGGCUCAUCGUCUGCUCUUUCUCGCUGCUCGCCCCCAGCGCUUUCUUGCUUUUACAUACAUUUCGCCAGCAGACAGGAUCCCCGACCAUCUUCGAUGGCGCUUAUCACGAACACGGGGACCAGAGUCAAGGAAAUGACCUCGCCAAGCGACCUGGCAUUACUGCCACGAAGGUCAAUCCCACCCAAGCCGAGCAGCUGGAUCUGCAGACAGGCUUUGUGGUUUCUAGUGAACCCACCACUCGCGAGUACGUGCUCAACCUCACACGCGAGAGCUAUGCCCCAGAUGGGUUUGAAAAGCCCAUGAUUCUCGUGAAUGGCCAGUCGCCAGGGCCCCUCAUUGAGGCCAACACAGGAGAUGUGCUCCGCAUUACUGUCAACAACUUCAUGCCCGAUGCAAGCACAACUGUACAUUGGCAUGGUAUUGACCAGAGAAAUACCAGCUGGAUGGACGGCGCCUACGGUAUUUCUCAGUGCGGGAUCCCCCCUGGCGGCAACUUUACGUACCGGUUCAAUGUGACGGGGCAGCGAGGUACAUUCUGGUAUCAUUCCCAUGUCUCAGCUCAGUACACAGACGGACUCUAUGGGCCAUUGAUCAUUCAUGAUCCCGAUGAAAAGGUUCCAUCAGUAGCUGACGAGAAGAUCAUGAUGUUCGGGGACCUGUUUCAUCAAAAUGCUGAACUGAUUGCUUCCGACUAUCUAAGUCCCAAUCCAUCUUGGGGUACCAUGUUCGGGAUGGUGCCCCCUCCUGAUAACCUGCUUCUCAAUGGAAUGCACGUUUCGAACUGCUCCUCUUCCAAGUCUCUGAAUUUCAACAAUGUCACAAGAGAGCAACCUAAAAAUUGCAAGGCUGGUUCUAUUUUUCGCACUCGGGUCAACGCUGGGGAACGAAUUCGAUUCAGGCUGAUAAGCCACAGCACCGCAACCCCUUUUUGGUUUUCUGUUGACAACCAUACCUUGGAGAUGGUCGAAAUUGAUGGAGUUGAGGUUGAACCUAUCCCAUCAACAAGGGUUUUCGUUAAUCCUGGUCAGCGCUAUUCAGUCGUCAUGGCUGCUAAUCAAACAGUAGGGAAUUAUCGGAUACGUGCAACCGCCGAUACUUCUUGUUUCACCCUUCCGGCACUUGGGAGAACCAACCUGGCUCCCUUUAACUUCGAGGCCACAGGCAUCAUGUCGUACAGCGAUGCAGACCCGGGCGCAACCCCUAUCGGGUCACCUUGGGAUCUUGAGGCCCCGAUCAUUGAGGGAAUCGCCAACGAGCCUUGGACCCUCAGCUGUCGAGAUCUGCCGUUCAAUCUUCCUAAACCGAUGAGAAAGUGCGAUGCAUACCAUGUUGGUGAAAAGAAUCAUCACUACUUUACGUUUCAGCGUAAGAGUGAAAAUGGCGUUGUACGCACAUCUGUCAACGAUACAUAUUUCUCGCCCCUGGAGGGCAAUGCAACCAUAUGGAAAGUCCCUGAGCAGGACUUUUCAAUCCAAAACCUCAAUGCCCAGUCUCCGAAAUGGGACUUCGGGAAGAAUCAGUUGGUCCUGGUCUCAAGGGAUUCGGGCAAAACCGCACAAAUAGUCAUGAACUCCGGGUCUAUGAUGAUGCACCCUAAGCCGUCCCCCCAAGUAAUUUUCGUUUUUGAUAUGGACUCACAAUGGCAGAAUUUCCAAGUAGUUGGGGAAGGCUCUGGAGAAUUUGGGAGUGGGACGACAACUUGGAAUUAUGAAAACCCUUUAAGGAGGGACACCAUUACCAUACACGGCCACUCCCACGUUGUUCUUCGGAUUCUUGCUGACAACCCUGGCGUCUGGCCGUUCCAUUGUCAUAUUCUCUGGCACGCCGAAGGUUUGUUCCCCCGAACUCACACGGAUCCCCUCCAGUCCGCUCUUGCUCGGAUGUAA